UUAUCUUUAUUAUUAUUAUUAUUAUUAAAUAUAUCUAUCUCCUUUAUUAGUUUUUUUGCUGUUGAAAACUCAAACUCCUUUAUUAGUAGUUUUAAUCUUGAAGCAAAAGAAACACAAGAACUCAAGUGUGUGUGAGAGAGAGUAUAUAAUUGAAUUCACAGAAGAACCAGAGAGAAAUAAUAUUAUUGUUGUGAUCGGAGAUGGCAAGUUCAGGCGGUUACGGAGAUGCAAACCAGAGGAUUGACUACGUCUUCAAGGUGGUUCUGAUUGGUGAUUCAGCGGUGGGGAAAUCACAGAUACUAGCGAGAUUUUCAAGAAACGAGUUCAGCUUGGACUCGAAGUCCACCAUCGGAGUUGAAUUUCAGACGAGGACUCUUGUCAUCGAUCAUAAGACCGUCAAGGCUCAGAUCUGGGAUACUGCUGGUCAAGAACGAUAUAGAGCAGUUACAAGUGCAUACUACAGGGGUGCUGUAGGAGCAAUGUUGGUUUACGACAUCACGAAGCGUCAGAGCUUUGAUCAUAUACCCCGUUGGCUAGAAGAACUUCGCAACCAUGCUGAUAAGAAUAUAGUCAUCAUUCUUGUAGGGAACAAGAGUGAUCUUGAGAACCAGCGUGAUGUAUCAACAGAGGAUGCCAAAGAGUUUGCCGAGAAAGAAGGCUUGUUUUUCUUAGAGACCUCUGCAUUGCAAGCAACUAAUGUUGAGUCAUCCUUCAUGACAGUUUUGACUGAGAUAUACAACAUUGUCAACAAGAAAAACCUGGCUGCUGAUGAAAGUCAGGGAAAUGGGAACUCAGCUUCUUUAUUGGGGCAGAAAAUUGUUGUUCCAGGUCCAGGGCAGGAGGUCCCUGCUAAGAGCAGUAUGUGUUGUCAGUCUUGAUUAUUUUUUUUAUUUGAUUCAAUUUAGUAAAUUUCAUGGUUCUAUGUUCCUAUUACCAAAUUUUGAAAGGUUUGGCGGAUUUCUUUCUUGUAUACUUCAAAUUUAAUUUGUUUGGGCUCCGAAGUGAAGGACAACAAAUGAAGGUUAAUAUAGAAUUAUAGAUUGCUGGUAUAAUAUUCAUGAUUCA